AUGAAGUCUGCAUACCUGUUAUUGGUAUGCUCGAUUGCAGUUGUUGCUGGAAUCAAUAUUCAACAACAACAAUAUAAACAAAGUACACAAAUAUCAAUUACACAAUCACAAUCACUAUCAAUAUCAACACCAACACCAACAUUAGCACCAUGCUCAUGCUCUAAUGUAUCGAUGUGCCAACCAUUGAGAAUACCACCUCGCAAGGAGUUUGUUGGAUUCACUGUGUAUCCUAAUAACUUUGGCGCAUAUGAUCUGUCGCAUUUGACAACAAUCAUGGUGUUUGCGUCCAGUAUUGACCCGCAGCUGGUGUGCCAGGCUCACGCGGCUGGCGUGCGCGUCAUUGCCGCUGCCAAGUUCCCGCCCGAUCAGCUGACCAACCUCACGUACCACAUCGAGUGGAUCACUAGCAUGGUCUCCGUGGUGCAAACCAACCACUACGACGGCAUCAACAUCGACUUUGAGGACAAUAUCCCCAAGAACGAAACUAUGGUGACCGCUUUGUUGACUGCUCUGGUGACCGACGUCACCUGGGCGCUCAAGUCCAUCAACCCAUUCUACCAGAUCUCCAUGGACAUGCCACCCGCACCAUUCUGUGAUUGGGGACGCUGCUACGACUUCUUUGCCCUGUCCGAGGCACUCGAUUUUAUAAUUGCCAUGGACUACGACAUGAACUCCAACGGAAUCGCCGCCGCCAACUCUGACUUCCCCACCGCCAUGUCUGGUGCUGCCCAGUUCCUGGGCAUUGGCAUCCCACCCGAGAAGGUCGUCCAAGCAUUCCCAUGGUAUGGCUACGACUACAUCUGCAACGGUAACAUGACAUUGACGACCCGCGAGUGUACUUAUGACACAUCACAGCGUUGGAACAAUUCGGUCGUGGCCUCAAACUGCUACGAGGGUAUCAUGGAGACUUUCAAUCAAUCGACAAAUGAUGGAAUGCAUUGGGAUGACUUGUCCGAGUCGCCUUUCUUCAACUACGUCUCUGGUGAUAAUAUCAGACAGGUCUGGUUCGAUGACCCCAAGUCCAUCUACAUCAAGGUGCAAGCUGCCAAGGACUUGGGCAUUGGAGGUGUUGGCAUCUGGUACAUUGACUGCUGCGAUCCGGGACCCAUGUGGCAAGCAGUUAACUCAUUCUUUGAA